CUAUUGUGGAAACAGCUAUGACCCCUACCAGCAGUGAUCGGCCCGGCCCUAUUGGCUUCGAGUCGACCCCGUCAUCCUCCAACUUUAAUUGGAUCGUGACGUCCGUCAUACCUGCCAUUCCGUCAAAGGCGGUUGCUGCGGAUACACAGCGUCGUCAGGCGAUCGACGCACAAAGGGCUGCAAGCUUCUGGCAUUGUGGAAUAUGCGAUAUGAACUAUCCAAAUAAGAGCUUGCUCGCGCAACAUCACCUCGUGACACCCUUGCAUCUGUGCUGCACCCUUUGCAACGUAGGUCUAUAUGACGAUAAACGGUACAGAAAGCAUAUGAAGAACGUACAUCAAACUGAAGUGCAGCUAAGACCUCAGCCCUCGUCGAGCUCGCCAAUUCCGCCGACCGCAUGCGGACCAUCGGUCAGCACGGAAGAGCCUGAAUUUUCAGAUGGGUCCCGCCACUCUAUCGGACGCGCCAACUCCAGGGAUGAUGGAUCGUUGGACUCCGCACCCAGUCAACAGAUGGGAACAGCGGGUGUACAUGAGUUGGUCGACGAGUGCGCGGCAGGCACAUCCGAGUCGUCGUUACACGGAGACCACGAAGGCGACGCACAGGUCGAAGCCGCACGGGAAGCUCCCGCUCUUACUCCUCAGGCCGUAGAUGUCCGAAACACGCUUGCUGAAGAACUACGACUUGAGCCCGUCGAUGAUCACAUAUCACUGAACUCGCUUGGCUCGGAUCAAAGAGAACUUACGCCUGUCAAUCGACACGUCGACUCGGGCACGCCGGGGGAACGAGAGAUCCUCGACGAGGGUAGAGAUGUACCCAUCGCGCGUGGUCUGGAUGGACUAGAGCACAUGCUCGAGCGUUCAGACUCAGACUCGGACGACGGAGAGGUCCGGAGUGUCGAGCAUGAAGGAUCGGCUCGUUCCACAUCUUCGGAACUACCAACGGCCCCGAACCACGUAUCAUCGACAGCGCAUCCGCAAAACCUAUCUUGGUACUGCAGGAGCUGCCUGAAAGACCCAUGCGACGAUCCUACUGCAACAAUGUGCGGACACAUCUUCUGUCACAGGUGCAUCGUCCGUGAGUUAUCGGAAAGGAUGCAAUGCCCUGUGUGCAACCGGAAUUUCCUCUUGAGGCUUCACGCGACAAGAUGAAUGGAUAACGUCAGCAUUCUAUCACAAGGAUCGAACGGGGUCAGAACCCACUCCCUAUGCGCUCCGGUCGGUGUGACGUACGGCAUAACUGGGUACUGUGUAUGAUACCGUCGCUCAUGUGUUGAUGGCCUGAGGUAGCUGGAGGCAAGCCUUCGUUACACGGAUAUGAUUGCUAGCUCGGAAUCAGUACUUAUACAUGGUAAUGUUCUCUCUCGCUGCCAACAGUAAUGGUAUUGAAGCUCAAGUUGCACAUUCUACUAUGUCUCACGCUUUAAGGUUCAGCAACAUCCAUCUGUGCACAGAAGCUCGUCCAUCCCGUAUCGCCCACACCUGGCCUACACGUGCAGUU